AUGUCUUCCAGCAAAGAAGCAGAACAUGUCGCCAACCAAUCCCAACAACAACCUCCCGCACCAGCCUACCAAGAAGAAUCUCCAUCAACCUCCGGCGAAAAGCUGCCCAGCGCCGAAAACCCCUUCAACUUCCCCGCAGAGACCUCUUCACUGCCCACAUACUCAGAAGCCUCAACCAGCCAACGCACACCCAUCGCCAUUCCCCAGGAGAGCCCCACGCCCACAUCUCCCUUCCUUAAGGUCUACGCCCCAGCUCUUCUAGGCCAUGGCAUCACAAAGGAAGCCUGGGCUGCGUUUCUUGACACGAUAUCUGCGUUCAUGACUGCAAAGGUCGGUGAGCGGGCUAUCAACCACGCUGGGGAUGUCGCCAAGAGUGUCGGUCAGCAACCGGUCAACUACGUAAAAAACGUCGGAGAUCACGCAAAGCAAGUCGGCAAGAACAUUGCUUCCAAUGCGAAAAAGGGCAACAUUCUCGGCGCAGCAUUUGGUAUCGUCGGCGGCGCCAUCUCAAUCCCAGUGGGUGCAGCUUUGGGUGCUGUAGGAACUGUCGUUGGUCUUCCAGGACGAACCAUCGCCGCCGCCGUGCGCAAGCCAAAAACACCCGCCGAAAGAGCUGUUGCGUACGUAGCUGUCGCCAACCGGGAUUGGUUCAACAAGAGAGGCCUACACGCCAGCUUGGUAAACACCGAGCAGCUCUCCGAAGUGGUGGGUGUUUCCGUCAAGGCGCUUCUCGAGUCGUCAAGCGAGGGCGAUAAGAGUACUGGACCACUAGGACCUCUCAGUGCGUUGAGCGACCAUAUUGCUCAUCUUGAGGUCAAUGGGCCUGGCGUUGUUGACAUUGGGGUUGAGUCGUGGUGGUUGGUUCUGGUGCAGAUUGAGGCUGCAUCAUGA